UUCGCAGUGUGCUUUAGAAUAUAGUGUAAUAUACACGUACUUUCUUUCCAACGCUUUGUUCAUUUCUUUUCGACGCUUUCUUGUGUUACCAAGAAGCUAAUACUACCGAAUUGGGGAAAAAUUCGAAUUGCCGAUUUGCAAUUGUUAAGUAGAAAGAAAAUAAAAUUGCAUACAAUUUAUAAAAAUCAAGUAAAGAAGUGACGAAUACUCGCUAUAAGUAAAAUUACUCGCAGCAAUAAAAAUCAUAGGAAUUGUAGAAAAGUGCCUUUUGUGUGUGCGCGACCAUUAAAUGAAGAAUCGUUGCUGGUGGAAGUGAGCAGCAAAAACAGAAAAACGUAUGAAAAAGAGGUGAAUGGUGCAAAUAUACCUUAAAGGAACGAGUGCAAAAUUAACCAUAAAAUGAUUAUGAUGCGUUUUUUCCUUAACUUGUAUUGGUAAAUGUUAAAAGAGUUUUGAUUUCUUUCCAUACAAAUACGUUAAAGAUUUGUGUACGUAAAUAAAUCGGCGCGAACUCAAAGCGAAUGCUAUACGCUCGCAAAUAUUCUCAGAAUUGGACGUUACUGAAGAUUUCCUAAACUACCAAGAUUGUAUUAAUUGCUUCAUAGACUACUUUAUUCAUACAUUCGUGAUUUUUUUCGAUUAAAACUACAUCGUUUGAUAUCCUCUACACUCCACUAUUGCUUCAUAUUUCUACAAUUUAUAUCAACUACCAUCGUCGUAGCAGCAGCAGCAGCAGCACCGCAGUCACUGUAGUUGGCAUUGUCAUGAACGUUGACGGCGACGUCGUAGCGUUAGUUACCGUGAACGAUUUUGUGCGUUUCUCUUGUGUGGUUCAUUCAUAUGCAGACGCAGCAGAGAACGUUAAAUAUAUUUAAUGUUCUCUGGACGCAGACGGUAAAAAGGAAGGAAAAGAAAGAAGCGUGAAAGCAGCAUUGAACUAAAAAAACCAACAAAUAUUAAAGAAAAACAGAAAGAAAUUUUCAUUUUGUGCUUUGCAUUGUUUUUCUUUAAUGGGCGCAGCAAGUAAACGCACACAACCACCACCAAUGCAAACAGCUAGCGGCACUGGAGCAACCGAGAUAGAAACACCAAAAAAAAGCUGAACUCGCUUUAGGACGAGUAGUGUAUUGCUUUUGGCCAUCUAUUGGAACAUAGACGUGUGUGUGUGCAAUUGGUUUUUGUUAUUGUUGAUUGUUGGUUGUUGGUUUUUACUUCUGUUGGUGUUUCGUACAAUUGCUCUGCCUGAUAGCAGUGCAGAGUGGCGCCGAAGCAUUGACCGCAUACUCGGUAUCUCCACUUAUACCUACAUAUAUACAUACAUGCAUAUGUGCAUAUCGUACUCUCCUUCACGUAUAAAGCAGUAAAAACGACCAAGAAUUGCAAGCAACCAAGUAAGCAGUGAACAAGAAAUUCGCAAACUUAACGCAACCAAAAAUUGUGGAAACAUUUAAAAAUUCGUAUAUUUUUGCAAAAAUACAAUUCGUAAAUUGUGUGAAAAAUUUGUGUUUUGUGUAUAUAAAAAUUCUUUUGUUGUAUGAAGAAGUGAAGUGAAGAAAAGUGAGCGCAGAAAUAUCACCUCAUCGCAUCCGUCAAACGAUUGAAACAACAACAUCAACAGCGCAAACGGGAGCAACAAUUAAAAUACAUACAGUGAAAAUUUUGCUCCAAUAAAAAACAAAAGCAAUAGCAAAGUAAACGCGUACUCGCGAACAGUUCACAAUCGCAUUUACCUUCGCUCAUUUGGUUCGUGGUAUUCGUUGUGUUAUCCAUCGUCGUCAUAGUCGUGGUUGUCGUUGCUGCGGGUGUUUGUUGCUAAUGUGCCUUUUUGCCAAUUUUGUUGUUAUUGUGGCCACAUUUCGUACAGAUUUUCCAUUUUUCGUUGAUUUUGAGUGGAAAGUGUUAUUGGCGUGUUUUGGCAACUGCGCUGUCAAACAACGAGUUCAGUUUCGACGCUGCGAGAAACGUAGCCUUCGACAUUGCCAUCGCAAUCGCCGGCUAAGCAACUAACCAUUAUCCGUGCAGCCUUAUUUUUGCAUUCGUACACAUUUUGCCCCGUAUAGCCCCCCUUCCGCUCAAGCAAUUGCGCUAUUAUAUACAAUUACUCGUCGCGUUUUCACGCUGUUCUCUAUCAAAAGUUUCGCGCAUUUGACAUUUGCCGAUUUGACGCAUCGCCACAUUCCUGCGGUUAUACAGUGUUUGUUGAGUAGCGCAGUGUGCAGUUCCAGUGCAAAGUGCCAACCAGUUAGACAGCUAGUCAGGUGUAGAAAAGGAUUUUUCAACAGUUGCGCCAGUUGGAAUGCCGGUGGCCUAAUUGGACGUUGGAUUAUAUCUUGCCUUAUAUUCCUUUCUUUUCUGUACAAAAACGCGUGUGUUCAGCCAAACGUAAGAAGUAAUAAUAAAAAAAAAAAAAACAAAGGUAGCAGUGAACUUUUGUUGUGGAGCAACAUUUUUGUGGAUUAAUGAAAUAAUUAAAGAAGCGUUAAAGCUUGAAACAUUAAAAAAAAUUAAUGUGCAAAAUAAUACAAAAUGUGCUACAUAAGUCACUGUAAACGGAAAACAUUACUUUUGGUAAAUUCAAGUGGAAAACUUUAAUAUUCCCCUCGAAAAUUGCUACCUAAAACUUCACCCCUAAAAAGAAAACUACUAAAAGCCAAGAGCCAAAAAGCAAAAAUAUGUCUACGAAAUUCUCAGCGCAUCCUGACUUGGCGGUCGAGCAAUUACAGCAAGCCGAGCUCACAGCGCGCCGGAAUUCAAACAAAACGCACGCUCAUCACCGACGGCAUCACUCGGCCGGAGCUGGACUUGACAGUGAGCAUAGCACGCCCACUAAGUCUGCCAGCUCGACAUGCAAAUAUACGACCACGAAAAACGCCUCAAAACUCGAUUGUAAUGCCACAACAGCAAAUGCCUUAAAUAAGAAAAAUUCACGUGCAGUCGACGCCGCCGACACCAGCACUGUGGAACAGGAGGAGCAGCAGCAGCAGCAUUUUACUAACGCGUUUCCACGUGCAUCGCCAGUGCUAACCUUUGCACCAGCCAGCCACGCACACAAUGUGGAUGUGUUGGACAACAAAUUCGCCUACAAUGCUGAUGGUGUCGAUGUGGAUCGGAUGGUUUUGGCAUAUAUCGAUGAUAUCGAUCUCAAUUGUGACGAUGAUGUUUUCAUACGAAGUGCAAGCAGUAGAUCAAGAAACACCAAAGACUGUGUAGACUGUACGCCGUCGUCGUUGCGGUGGUCAGCUGCAGGUGGCGCUGUCUCAUCACAACAGCAACAACAACCACAAUCAUACACUUCGAAAUCCAUGGAUGAGCCGGAUCACUUGCAGCAUCGCCUUAGUCGAACAGCAGCAGCACACGCCAGCUGUAAUAGCCGGCAGCCUCAUCACGAUAGUGGCGAUUAUUAUACAGCCGACCCGCAUGCCUCACCCAUACACGCCAUCAGUGAUGGUUGUGUCAGUGGUUUAAGCAGCGUUUUGAGCUCACCAUCGGCCAGCACAGUAUCUUCGCCACUUUCAACGCCGACAAGACUUGCACCACACUUUCAAAAACACCAAAAUCAAUACAAUAGCAGCAAUUGCUGCCAAAAAUCGCUAGCGGGUGGUUGCUGUGGCGGCAGCAGCGAUAGCGAUAAGAGUUGCAACCAUCUUCAUCACCAUCAUCAUCCACAUCUCCAACAUCAACAUCACCAACACUCGCAUCAUACAAAGGCAUCGUCGUCAACGUCUAAGGCGGCGGCGGCUGCAGCAGCAGCAGCGGCGGCGUCGUCGUCGUCGUCAGGCGGAUGUAAAAAGUCACAGAAAUUUGAUCCAAUACUACUCGGUCCGUCUCGAUAUCGUCAACUUCUGCCAAUUCUGCUGUGUAUUCUAUCGUUCGCGAUUGUUUUCAGCAUAUUAAUUGUUUACAUGGAUACGACAGAGAUUCGUCAUAAACAAUUUCGACUGAAUAUGUCGCGCGAUUACGAAUUCUUCGGCGUGGUCCAAGAUGAUCCCACACUCAUAGCAUUCCUGCGCCAAAUCCAGAUGCGCAAAUACCCAAUGCACUUCCAUAAGGAGGGGCAAGGAGCGGUAGGGGCAAUGGCGGUGCCGCCCUCCUCCUCCUCCACAGCGACGCAUUUCAAUUUCAGCACUCAUUAUGAAGGACUUGCGCCCGAAAUGGCGCAUUACGUAGCCGAUCUGUUGGGUGGGAAAGAGAAUGGCGCCUUCAUACAAUCGCUACCCGGUAGUAUGGGCCAUCUAAUGACUGCGCCGUGGCUAGCGGCAACAUUGAAUUGGGCGGGCAUUGUAGUGGAGCCGGAACCACGUCGUUUCUUCACGUUGCGCAAACAGAAUGCGCAACGACCGGAUCUGCAGGUGGUGCACGCAUGCAUCUCGCCCAGUCCCUUUCCCAAAGAGGUUACCAUACACAACGAAGAGUCUGAGGUGCGCAUCAAUAGUCUGCUAGACGAAGAAACUUCGUGGUUUAAUUCACGCAUCAAAUGCUUUCCAUUGUUUUCGCUGAUGUUGGCGUGCAAUCGUGUGGAAUAUGAUUUGUUGAGUUUGGGAGUCCAUGGACACGAAUUGGAGAUCCUAGAAACGCUACCCUUCGAUCGGGUACAAAUCGAAGUGAUAUCCAUACACUUGUCGGAGGACAUCGCACGAGGCUAUGUAGAUGCGCUAACAGAGUUCCUAGCGAGUAAAUCAUACAAAUUACAAAAGACCUUCGGUCGCAACUACUUCUAUCAACGAAACAAAUCGACGAGUCGAACACGAAAGAAAGAUAUACUGCUACUGAAAACACCUUAAUUAGCAGUAGCAGCAGCAGCAGCAGCAGCUGUGGUUAUUGGUGAUGGAGAUGCUGCUGUGAACGAACCAAUGAAAGGGGGGAAUGCCGCCAAGAAUGCUGUUGCCGCCGCUGCUAAUGCUAAAACAAAGCUAUUACUUUAACUCUUCUAAGUGUAAGAACUUAUUUAAUAUCCACCCGAGAUUUGCUGCGAAUUUAUGAAACGAAGAAACUACAAAGCAGCAAAAAGACGAUACUCGAAAUCUUUUAGUAUCCCUUAAGUAAGCAAAUAAGUAUAGCAAAAGUCAGAUGCGCGCGCGCGGAGUAAAAAUAUUGUAAACGAUUGAAACGUGUUUUGGCAGCUGCUAACACACAAACUUUGCAUAGCACAUAAUUUAGAGGGAGGGUACGCAGAUGAAAGGCAUAAAUCUUAGAUAUAGAAUUAAAAUAUUAAACGAAUAAUUACAAUUACAUGCGCACGCAGGCGCGCUAAGAACGGAGUGAAGAGCAAACAAAAUUUCCUUAAACAAAAUAGCUAUAAAAAAAGAAAAAUACUUUCCACUCUAGCUUCACUAUAUGCGUCACACUUUACUGUCUGUCGUGAAGAACGAAUUCUUUGAAAAAUAAAUGUUUUGUGCACGCUUUUUCGCCUGCCUUCACUUUGCUGCGUACUUUGUCGUGAAUUCAUAAUUAUCAUUGUUUCGGAAAAAUCAUCAAAAUUACAAGCAUUUUUUGUUGUGUUUUUCAAUCAUUAUUACCAUUAUUUUUUAAUACUUAGUUUAUAAGUUACAAAAUAUAGCAAACAAACAAAAGAUGCAAACGCAAAAACCCAGCAACGAAAAUUACAAAAAAAAAAAAUAAAUAAUAUAAAUAAUUAAAAAACGAAGUAAAGAGAUUUAUAAGAAUUUCAAAUUGUCGCUGUUGUAUAAAUAUUAAAAUUAAUUUAUAUUACUACAUACAAACUUAGUUUAUUUUGCACACUUAGUUUAGUUUAUCAUUAAUUUAAAUGAAAGAAAAUGCUUUAUUGUACUUUAAAUUAUUGCCUAAACGAGUUAAAUUGUCGAGAAGUGAACAAAAGUGAAUAUGUGAAUGAGUCUAAAUAUUUUUUUUAUUAUAGAAAGAAGUUAGCGCCGCAUCUCAGCUGUUGCUAGUUGGUAUACAAAGAAAUAUUGAAUAUACAUAAAUGUAGUCAUAGUAAUGCAAAAUUGAUAAUUAAAUGUUAAAAUAGAAAUUAUAUAACUGAAAUAAUAUAUACAUAGAUACAUACAUAAAUAUCGUAAUGCUAAACACAACCACAUAACUGACUGUUUAAUAUUAGUACAUGAAAUUAUUGUUUACGGAGCAGCUAAGAAACACUUUCUUCUACAUACUAAAAAAAAAAUCAAAAAAAAAAAAAAACAAAGGAUGAGCCGCAAAGCUAUGGGAAAAUGUAAGUUUUUUUUAUUUUAAUAUAGCAACUACAACUCGCAUUGAAAAUUGUUUAUGGCGUAAGAAUAUGCCGUCAGAGAGCCUAUCUCUGGGCUCUG